AGAGUUUCUGAUUAAUAAAAUCACAGAGUUUGACAUGGCGUUCCGCCGAAGAAACAAGAGUUACCCUUUCUUCAGCCAGGAGUUCCUCAUUCAGAACCAUGCCGACAUCGUGUUCAGUUUGGUGAUUUUCAUUUUGAUUGGGUUGAUGUUCGAGGCAACGGCAAAGACAGCCAUACUGUUCAUUCAGCCUCAGUACAACGUCACCACAUUAACACCAGAGAAAGAGGUGACUACGUAUCAAUACGGAUGGAAGGACUGUGCCACCAUCCUCUUCUACUUCUUCAUCGCCAUCAUCCUCCACGCUGUGGUGCAGGAGUACCUCCUGGAUAAAGUGAACCGACGUCUUCACCUUUCCAAGAGCAAGAAUACCAAGUUUAAUGAGUCAGGCCAGCUGUGUGUGUUUCACUUGGUGUCGAGUGUGUGGAGUUUCUACAUCCUCAUAACCGAAGGGUAUCUUCUGCAUCCCAGCAGCCUUUGGGAGAACUACCCUCAUUCACAUCUCAGAUUUCAGGUGAAAUUUUUCUACCUCACUCAGCUGGCAUACUGGCUCCACGCUUUGCCGGAGCUCUACUUCCAGAAAGUACGCAAGGAGGAGACUCCUCGUCAGCUCCAAUACAUCAGCCUUUAUCUGCUGCACAUCUCUGCAGCCUAUUUGUUAAAUUUGACUCGUGUGGGUCUGGUACUACUCUUCCUCCAGUAUGUGUCAGAACUGGGCUUCCACAUCGCCAGACUCUUGUAUUUCACUGAUGAGGGACAUCAGAAAAUGUUUGAUAUGUGGGCGGUGAGCUUCGUGUUUACGCGGAUGGUCACGCUCACCCUGAUGUUCCUCGCUGUGGGUUUUGGUUUGGCCCGUGCUGAGAAUCAGGGGCUGGACUUGGAGAUGGGCAACUUCAACACCGUUCUGAUAAGAAUGACAGUUCUACUCCUCGUGUGCUUGACUCAAUCUUGGCUCCUCUGGAAGUUCAUCCGCUUCCAGUUGAGGCGCUGGAGGGAGUUCAGACAUGAACAGGCCGUCCGUAAGAAGGCCACCACAAAACAACCCGUACGGCCUCUAAAGAGAGACUCCUUUGGUCACCAUGAAAAUGGAGUUCUUAAAGCUGAGAAUGGAGUUUCUCUUCGAACAAAGAAACUGAAAUCGCCCUAAGGUGACACAGUAACUGACCUCAGCAGUGGCUGUAGCCUCCACUGAGGUUCCUCAUCAGCACGUCGGUAAAGCUGGCGACCCCCUGGCCGCCAAACUUUAGGCUGAGAAUGUCCUGUGACGCCACCGGGACUCCGUCGCUACAGACUUUAGCUCGAAUGCUGGAAAAUGAAAUCUAAGGAAAUCCUUUUGAGCCCAAUGAACAUUAGUCCUCUGACUGUAUCAGUAUUUUUUUUGUACAUCCACGCAGCUUGCGAUGCCACCGUUAAUGCG